UCCGUUCCACGCCCACUAUUCGCGGGUGGAUCAGAUCACCAACACCAGGAUGUUCAUGGCUGACAAAGAGUUCCGGGGCAACGUCGCAGCCUCCGCUCCAACAGGUGUUGGACCCUUUCAUCGAAAUGCAGAGUUCACAAAGGGCUGUGAGAAGUUCAUCUUGGCCGUCCACAAGGAUGAGGGUCUGAACGCCAUGUACGAGGGCUUGAAAGAUUUGAAUCCCAUGAGGCAGCUGGGUGGUGAACAUCCAGCAGCACACUUUGCAUUGAUCCCAUCCUUGGCGGCGCUAAAGGGCACCAUCCAUCGGAAGGUUCAGGAGGUGUGGGGACCUCUGGGCUAUGUGAACCUGCGACAGCGUUUGUGCGAAUUCUGCGACCACGAAGGUUUCGUCCGCAAGGCAGAUGUGGUGGAAGUGCUUCGUGAAACCCUGGGCAUCUCAGAGGACGAGGUUGGCAGCAAGCCAUUGGAUGUAUGGCUGUCUCAGCUCACCACCAUGAAGAAGGACGAACUGAAAGCUUCGACCUUGAUGAUCUCCUUACGACCAGCCUUGCCGCAGAAGGACAAGCGACGCGUUCUCACGGCCUUCAAAUUAUUGCAAGGCCCUAGUGGCACCGCUCGCCUUGGUGAUUGGUUGCAGAGGCCGCGGGCCACAUGUGCCAGAAUCAUGAUCCGGAGAGGAGACUUAGGCAUGUGCUGCAAUCUCUUCAAGAUCGAUGUACAAUGGCCACAGGAUGUAUCUACCUCACCAUGGCUGCCUCAAUGGAUCUACGUCCUGCUCGUGGGCCUAGUGACCACUCUUUUUUUGGCAUUUCAGAUCGUACACCUGAUGGACUUCUUCCCCAAGUUUGGGUGGUUCUACUUUGUCUUCCUCACCAAUUGGGCCUUGGUGCUCGAAUCCUUGACACUGCUUUUGCUCUGGGUCUCAACCAUUUGGGCAUAUGGUUCAGCUCCGGGUGAAGGACAGAAAGCACCUCUUUUUGUGCGAUACGCCCUGUCCCUUUGGUACAUCAUCCAGCCCAUGUCGUUGGUUGUGGUGAUCCUUUACUGGACUGUCGUCAACCAGUUCUGGGAUCCAUAUGCCAUCGAAUUCUCGUCCCUCUGGGCACACCUCCUAAAUUGGAUGGUGUUGAUUGUGCAUUUGUUUGUGAGCAACCUACCAUGGUCCUUCAAGAAUGGAAUUUGGGCCUUUAUGUUCUCCGCGGUCUAUGUGAUUUGGACGAUCAUCCACUACUUCUUGGAGAUUGGUAAAGGAAUUCCAUGCGAUGACUAUGAGAUUGAGAAGUGUCCAAUCUACAAUACUUUUGAUUGGAACAAGCCAGGCCAGACCAUUGGGAUUUGCGUCGGGGCUUCUGUUGCUCUGCUGGUGGUCCUGGGUCUCUACACCGGCCUUUUCCGUUGCCGGGAUGCCUGUUCCGGACGUGGCAGGACUUCGACAGGGGAGAAGGAUGUUGAGGCAGCUGCGGCAUCAUAAACAGGGCACCACAGGGCCACGGGUGCACCACGAUGAUACCACCAGCCGUACAGCUGACAUGCUCAGCUUCUCUGCUUGAAGCAGAAGGUUUCUAAAUCUGAAGCAGCAGCUGUAUGGCGAUCGCGUUCAAGAUUGGACGUCUUUUGCUAUUUUUUGCUUUCCUUGUCCAUUGGGCUGGUGGUAUUACGCUGAAAGACAAUUUUUCAGAUGCCAGCCAGUCGGAAUCUUCAAUUCGUCUAAGGCGAAAGAGG